GUUUUUUCUGUUUUUCAUACAGAGACUCUGAUCAUUCUUACUAGAGUUUACUUUGACUUGUAUAAGUUAUAUUUUAACCACAUGAAGUUUAUUCUUGACUACGUUCAAGCGCAGAGGCAGCAACAGUUUGAAAGAAGCUUCACAUUUAAUCAUAAUGUCUAGGAAGUGGAUUUCGGUUCUGCUACUGCUACAGCUCAGCUGUUACUUCAGCUCUGGGAGAGGUGGAAAGGUGCUGGUGUGGCCGAUGGAUUACAGUCAUUGGAUCAAUAUAAAGACCAUCCUGGAUGAGCUCAUCCAGAGAGGACAUGAGGUGACUGUUCUCAAACCUUCAGCUUAUGUUCUACUUGAUCCCAACAAAUCUGCUAUUAAAUUUGAGACUUUUCCUCUAUCAAUAUCCAGAGAUGAUUAUGAGAAGUAUAUCACAGAGUCAAUCAUGAGCUAUGUUUUUGAAAUGGGAAAUUAUUCAUUUUGGAAAUAUUAUUCAGUACUUCAAGAACUGUCGUGGUUGGAUUCUGAUUUUUUUGAAAAUAUCUGUAGAGAUGCAGUUUUGAACAAGACACUUGUGACAAAACUGAAAGAAUCGAGGUUUGAUGUCAUUCUUGCAGAUGCCCUGUGUCCCUGUGGUGAGCUGCUGGCUGAGCUACUUAAAGUUCCCUUUCUGUAUACACACCGCUUCUUUCCAGGCUACACUUAUGAAAAGUAUAGUGGAGGACUUCUAUUUCCCCCUUCCUAUGUACCUAUUGUUAUGUCAGAAUUAACUGAUAAAAUGACUUUCAUGCAGAGGGUAAAAAAUGUACUGUAUGUGCUUUAUUUUGACUUUUGGUUCCAAACUUUUAAUGAGAAGAAAUGGGAUAGAUUUUACAGUGAAGUUCUAGGAAGGCCCACUAAAUUAACUGAAUUAAUGGGGAAAGCUGACAUGUGGCUCAUUCGCACCUACUGGGAUGUGGAUUUUCCUCGUCCACUCUUGCCAAAUGUUGAUUUCAUUGGAGGGCUCCACUGCAGACCUGCCAAACCCCUGCCCAAGGAAAUAGAAGACUUUGUGCAGAGCUCUGGGGAAGAGGGAGUGGUGGUGUUUUCCCUGGGGUCCAUGGUCAGCAAAGUGACAGAGGAAAGGACCAAUGUGAUUGCACUAGCCCUUGCUCAGCUUCCACAAAAGGUUCUAUGGAGAUUUGAUGGCAAGAAACCAGAUACCUUAGGACCCAAUACUCAGCUAUAUAAGUGGAUCCCCCAGAAUGACCUUCUUGGACAUCCCAAAACCAAAGCUUUCAUAACUCAUGGUGGAACCAACGGCAUCUAUGAGGCAAUCUACCAUGGUAUCCCUAUGGUGGGCCUUCCUUUGUUUGCCGAGCAAGCUGAUAACAUCAUCCGCAUGGUGGCCAAGGGAGCAGCUGUUAGAUUGGACUUGAUCACAAUGUCAAGUGCAGAUUUGCUCGCUGCAGUGAAGACAGUUAUUAAUGACCCUUUAUAUAAAGAGAAUGCUAUGAGGUUAUCAAGGAUUCACCACGAUCAGCCCACGAAGCCCCUGGAUCGAGCAGUCUUCUGGGUAGAGUUUGUCAUGCGCCACAAGGGAGCCAGACACCUUAGGGCUGCAGCUCACAACCUCACCUGGUUCCAGUACCACUCUCUGGAUGUGAUUUGCUUCCUGCUGGCCUGUGUGGCCAUUGCUAUGUUCAUCAUCAUAAAAGGUUGUCUGUUUUGUUACCAGAAGUUUACUACAGCUGGAGAGAAGAACAAAAGGGAUUAGUAGUAUCUUGGCUGGAAGUUGAAAGGCUUAAUAGACAGGAGGUCUCCAGGUUCAUCUAGCAAGAAGAAGUCGUGAUGCAAGAAUUCCUACUUCCUGUGACAAAUCAACUUUUCACAACUUAGCUGCAGAAUUGAAAAUUUAUUUUCCAGAAAUGUACAAGCAUUGAAGAGUUAAGAAACAUUUCAGGUCAAAAAGAAAACAAAAAGAACUGAGAAAAAUAAAACUCAAACUGCAAAAGUACAUAAUUGAAAUUUAAUGUUGAAAUUCAUGUUAUAUCAAUAAUAUUAGUGAACUUACCUAUGGUUCACAAGCUCUAGAGGCACAAAAGAGCAUUAAGAAAUCCAGUCCUACUGUCGAUCAGAUUUGCAAGUACUCAGAAUACUUUAACUUCUUUUUUGACAGAAUUGACUUUAACUUUUUUCUGAGGAAAGUAGUAAAUAAUUUGAACUAUGCUUAAAACAACUCACUUUUACUUUUGAUUUUGGAGACCAAUAGUGAUACUUGACUGCUGCCUUACAUGCAGCCUCACAGAAAAAGUCAUUCCUCAGUGGAGUGCACACGGAUUUUGAAAUAUAACUGCCUCUUUCCUGUUAUUGUGAAACAGCACUGGUUGGGAAAUUAUUUUUUAAUGCUUAUUUAUUCAAUUUUUCUUUUUUAAAUAUAGAUGGAGAGCAAGCGAGAGAGAGAGAGUGUGUGAGAGAGAGUACUAGGGCUCUUUCAUCCACUGUUGCAUUCCUCAACUGCUCCCAAGAGCCAGGGUUGGCUUGGUCCAGGGAGUCUGAUAUUGGCUAUGGACUGAGGCUGCUGUGUCACAGCACUAGCACCAACAUAUGAUGAUAAAAGUCACUAAUAUAAAGGAAAUGGAAGUUAAGUCAACAAGUACUUUUCUCAUAAGAACCUGAGGCAACUACUUCUGAGGGAGUAUAAUUUGGAACUACAUAUUCAACUAAAAUUGAAGCAUGCUGUUUUACCCUUGAAUUCUAACUGUAAGAAUCAGUGGUGGCCGGCGCCACGGCUCACUUGGCUAAUCCUCUGCCUGUGGCACUGGCACACCAGGUUCUAGUCCUGGUUGGGGCACCGGGUUCUGUCCCGGUUGCUCCUCUUCGAGUCCAGCUCUCUGCUGUGGCCCAGGAAGGCAGUGGAGGGUGGCCCAAGUGCUUGGGUCCUGCACCCACGUGGAGACCAGGAGGAAGCACCUGGCUCCUGGCUUUAGAUUGGCGCAGCGCGCCAACCAUAGCAGCCAUUUGGGAGGUGAACCAACGGAAAGGAAGACCUUCCUCUCUCUCUCUCUUACUCUUUCUCUCUCUCUCUCUCACUAACGCUGCCUGUCAAAAAACAAAAAAAAAAAGGAAUCAGUGGUGCAGAAAUCUCUCCGUAUUCACACAUUUAUGAAAGUUGUAUUCCCUUUAGAGCAUACCUGUCAAUUGGCACACUUCCAGUGAAAGUUAUUGGUAUACAGGCAAUACAGAGAAUGGGUGUAUUAUAAACAACCAUUGGAUGAUCUCCUCUAUAGAGAAAUAAAAAUCCAGAAACUAAAAAAUAUUAGGGAGGGUCAGCUGCUGUCACUCAUUGUCUCCUUGAGUCACAUCAGGACUGCAGACAUCUUAGUCAUAUUUGCUUACAAGAUGCACAGAUCUAGAUUCUUGUAGGCCUAAUGGCCCAUGUUGGGAGAGCCUAAAAUUAAACCAGGUCAGAUGCCAAAGUAUACAUAAAAUGCAAAUGAAUCAUUAAAUAAUUUAAAAAUGGAAUAAAUGUUUACUGCCUCCUGGAAUAUAGCCCGGGAACCCGAAUGCAAGAUUAGUACGCAUCUGUAAUGCGUAGCAACUGCAGCCUGGGAUUUAAAAGCCGGUAUUUCCAAAGGAACAAUUAAUUUAAAAUGGAGGUUAUUCACAGUUUACAGACUUAGCAUCUGCCUGUUUAGCAUAUGCAAUAUAAAGCAAAGUAGUGGUAGAUUUAUAAAAAUGUCAGAUAAUUGAUGAUAUAUGUAUGCUAAUUGUUUUUGCAUAAUCCACUUGUAUUUCUCCCUUGUGAUCUUUAGUAAGAUAUCGUAAGGAGUUUGUGCCUUUUGCCUUUUAUGAUUUAAAUGUUCUAAGUUGAAAGAAUUUAUAUAUAUGUUGUGUGUGUCAUAUUUUACUUUGGAAUUUCUAGAUAUUUGUUGUUGAAAUCAGAGAAUUUAAAGAUAUCUGUAUUUUUCCUUGACAUGUCUAAACAGUAUUUUUGAACUGAAAUUCCCAGGUUAUGUUGUUUUUCUAAGUAGGUAUAAUUUAGGAGGCCUGUUUACUUUGCUGAUAACCAUGACUUAAAUGAAGCUUAUUGUAAUGUGAAGAAUUUCAUAUGUUAUUGCUUUCAUCCUUUGCAUAUUUGUAGUUACUUUAUUCUCUGGGGGCAAAUUAUUAUUUUAAUUGCUUUUACUUCUGGUGAGCUAUCUGUGUUGCAAAAGUUGAUUAUGGUAUUACCUACUUAUGUAGAAUUUCCUCUAGAAACUGACAUGUACUGAAACAUAAGGUUUAUGACUGAAAUGUAAAUGUGGAAAUUGAAGCAUUGUUAUUAUUUUUUGAAUAUGUAAGAAUGUCUAGGUUAUUUUUCUGUAAAAAAAAAUAUUAUUUUGUAUAAAAUAUUAUAUAUAUACACAUACAUAUAUACAUAUAUUUGUAUUAUAUAUAUGCUUGUACACAAACAAAAUGCACUAAUUAUAUUUAAUUCCAAAGAAAAUAAUUUUAAUGUUUAAUCUUUCUACCUCUGCAUUGCUGACCUUUGACAUAUUAUUUUCAUGAGUUAAUUAUGUGAUUAAUUAAUGAAAUGAGCAUUUGGGAUGGUGGUUAAGCCACAGCGUAAGGCACCCUUAUCCAUUAUCCCAUAUAAGGGUGCCUGGGAUUGAGUCCUGCCUGUGGUCCUGAUUCCAAUAGCUUGCUAAUGCACAAAGGGGAGGCGGAUCUUUCUCAUUUAGUGGCGUCCCAACCACGUUUGUGGGAGAAUCGAAAGGAGUUCCUGGUUCCUGGCGUCAGCCUGAUCUAGCCGUGGCUACUAUUGUCACUUAGGGGCUGAACAAGUGAGUCAGAAAUUUCUCAGUGUUUGUGUUUUUCUCUGCCUCUUUGUCUCUUUUUUUCACUUUGUUUCUUUGCCUCUGAAAUCAAUAAAAUACAUAAAAAUUUUUACAAAGGAAAACUAAUUUGUGAAAUAAACGUAUUGACACAGAAUAUCAAACUGUAAGAUGAAAAUUCACAUUCUAUCCUCAAUUUGUUAGUGUCAUGCAGAAUAUUUGAAUGAGCAUGGCAUCACAUGUACUGUUUAUUUUAUUUAUUUGGGGCCAAAUUUUAAUUAAUAUAUUAAAAUGUAUGACUUUUAUCAAUAGAUAUAGAAUAUAAGUGUUAUAAAUUUUAGGAUUUUGCUGUGAUUUUAAAUCAAUGAAUUUUAUAAUAGAUUAGUAACCUCAGAUGCCUGACUUCACAUAGGUAUAUUUAUAUCAACUUUGCUACUUAAAUCCAAAUAUAUGGCAAUCUUUGAAUCAAGUGAUUUUGCCUACCCUUUGAACUCUAGCAAAGCUUUUGCUGUCUUAAAGCAAGCAAUUGCAGAGGAAGUGCUAGAGCUUAAAUUCCAAUGUUCAGUGAGGAAAUGAAACAUAUUCUCUGAAUACAGUAAAAAUUUUUAGAUACACCAUAAGUGAAUCAUAAAAAAAUUUCAAUAAGCUUAAAGGACUGAUCACUUAAAGUAUGUUCUAAGACUACAAUGGAAUGGCACUUACAUAAAAUAAUGACAAGAAAUUUGGAAAAUUCAAAAUUAACUAGGAAUUAAACAUACUCUAAAAUAAUAAAUGGAUACAUGUAAAAUCAAAAGGAAAAUGACAAAGUAAUUUUAAAAAUUGGAAAGAUUCAUAAUCUUAAGGGAAAACAGGAUUUAGAAGGAAAUGUACACCUUUUUAAUGCUUACAUUAAAAAGGAAGACAGA